AUGGCCGACACCAAGACUAUACUAUUGAUGGGCCUUACGGGCUCUGGCAGGACAACUGUGAUUUACCCAUUUAUCAACUCAGUGGCCGGGACGCAGCUCCCGACAGGUGGCCAUAGCCUGAUGGUCUGCACGACUGAGGUGCAGUCAGUGACAUACCAACUGGACGGUCAUUGUAUCGAACUCGUCGACACACCUGCCUUUGAUGCGGAUGAGGACGGAGAUUGCAUGCAAAAGCUCUAUAAAUACCUCAGGGACAGGAAAACUGCCGGAAAGAAAGUGGUAGGAAUCAUCUAUACUUGCGACAUCACGAAGAACAGGGUAUCAUUCGAUCCCUUCCGCAACUUGUGCGGCGAUGAAGCAUUGAAGAACGUCGUAUUCGUAACAACUAGAUGGGGAAAUAUCAACCCGGCAACCGAGGAACACAACGAACAGGCCCUCCAAUAUAAGCUCCAGCACGAGCUGAACAGCGCUGUGGCCAUUGUUCGACACGAUAACUCGGGGCCCUCCGCCAAGGACAUUGUUCGCUCACUGCUGUGCAAAAUACCGGUAGACCUCGCUUUGAGGAGGUCCGCGCCGGGAGCCAUCUUGCAGAUCGGAUCCUCGUCUCCGGCGGGAGUAAUUUACCCUCCAGCAGACCCGAGCGUCGGGUGCUGUGUAGGUGUUGGCGGGUCUGCUCGUUCCACAGGAGGGCAGCAACCAAGAAUGUCGGGGCGGUGGUACAGCGCACUUCACCGAUAG